GUCAGACUGUUGGGGCCUGUUCAUUAUGCUCUGAGUCACCCGAGGGAGCCUUGCCCCGGAUCAAGGCGGACUUUAAUUGUCCACAAAGCAGGACUAGAAGAAGCCGCAGCCGCAGUUAAUCACUAAGGUGGGAGCUGUGGGAGGCUCUCACACCCCAGGUUCCCAGAACAGACAACUGCUCUGCGUAGCCGGGAGGGAGAGGCCCCGCGGGAGAAGGCAGAUCCCGCAGAUCCUGCCGAAGGAAAGAGCCCGGGAGCUGGCAAGGACGCCGACCAGCAGUCUAGACCCCUCAAAUGGAUGACCUCUGUGAAGCCAAUGGCUCUUUUGCCAUCAGCCUCUUGAAAGUAUUGGGUGAAGAAGACAAGUCACGAAACCUGUUUUUCUGUCCCCUGAGUGUCUCCUCUGCCCUGGCCAUGGUCUACUUGGGAGCCAAAGGAAACACUGCAGCCCAAAUGUCCCAGGUACUUGGUUUGAACGAAGGUAGAGAUGUUCACAAAGGUUUCCAGACCCUUCUCUCAGAGGUUAACAAAACUGGCACCCAGUACUUGCUAAAAAGCGCCUGCCGACUUUUUGGAGAAGAAUCAUUUGAUUUCCUUUCGACCUUCAAGGAUUCCUGCCAGAAGUUCUAUCAGGCAGAGCUGGAAGAGCUGUCCUUUGCUGAGAACACUGAAGAGUGCAGGAAACACAUCAACAACUGGGUGAUGGAAAAGACUGAAGGUAAAAUUUCAGAAGUUCUAAGUCCUGGAACAGUCUGCUCACUGACUAAGCUCGUUCUCGUGAAUGCCAUGUAUUUCAAAGGAAAGUGGAAGGCUCAAUUUGACAGAAAGUACACAAGGGGCAUGCCAUUUAAAACUAACCAGGAGAAAAAAACAGUGCAGAUGAUGUUUAAGCAUGCUAAGUUUAUGAUGGGGCAUGUGGAUGAGGUAAACAUGCAGGUCCUGGUCUUGCCCUACGCAGAGGAGGAGCUGUGCAUGGUUGUUCUGCUUCCUGAUGAGAACACUGAUCUGGCUGUGGUAGAAAAAGCACUUACCUAUGAGAAGUUCAGAGCUUGGACAAACCCAGAAAACAUGACAGAAAGUAAAGUCCAAGUUUUUUUCCCCAGAUUAAAGCUGGAGGAGAGUUAUGACCUGGAAUCUUUUCUUCAGAGUUUGGGAAUGACAGAUGCCUUUGAGGAAACAAAGGCUGACUUUUCUGGAAUGGCAACUCAGAAGAAUGUGCCUGUGUCCAAGGUUGCCCACAAGUGCUUUGUUGAGGUCAACGAGGAAGGCACAGAAGCAGCGGCGACCACCGCCGUGAUCAGGAAUGCCCGGAGCUGUAGAGUAGAACCAAGAUUUUGUGCUGACCACCCAUUCCUUUUCUUCAUCUGGCACUACAAAACCAGCAGCAUCUUGUUCUGUGGCAGGUUCUCUUCUCCAUAAAGGCAUUAUCGUGGGCUGAGGAUGUAUCUCAGUUCAUAGAGCGCUUGCAUAGCAAGCACCAUGCCCUGGGUUUAAGCCUAAGUACCCUAUAAAAACAGGCGUGAUGGUGCCUUCCUGCUGUUCUAGCAUUUGGGAGGUACAGGGCAGGAGGAUCAGUUCAAAAUCAUCCUCAGCUACAUAGAAAACUUGAGGCUAGCCUUUCAAUACCUGUUUCAAAAAGACAAGAAAGUGUAACGUGUGAUUGCUUUACACAUAAUUUUUUUGCCACAUGCUAAAAUUAAAACCUCAUGUUUCCAGAUUGGCAAGGUGGUUUCACUGCACAAAUAAAGAGUAUACUUACUAGUUGGUGAAUAUCUUUGCUGACAGCCCCAAUGCCAUGUGUGGGGAGUUUGGAGCCGAGAAGGCCAUACUUGGUUUGUAGUGUCUAAGUAGCUUCUGAUUGUCUCCAGCCUUAUUCACAACCCAGCUCACAAAGUGCUAUCCCACACUGCUAACAUCUCCACCACUGCCAGUCUUAUCAGGCAAUGCCAGUCGAAGGUCCCUAUUACAUCUAUAGAAUAACUGGAACUGUCCCCUGUCUCAGAAGAAGCUGAGACAGUCUCUCAUUCCAUCAGUGUUACUGAACAGUCCUGUAUGUCCACCACUUAGACAACUCUUCCCACAAGUUUCAAGUACACGUUCAAGGCUUCAGCCUGGAGAGAUGGCUCAGCGGUUCAGAGCACUGACUGCUCUUACAGAGGACCCAGGUUCAAUUCCCAGUACCCACUUGGCAGCUCUCACAGCUGUCUGUAACUCUAGUUCCGGGGGAUCUGACACCCUCACAAUAAUGCACAUAAAAUGAAAUAAAUUUAAAGAAAUAAGUUCAGUAAGUAAGUUACAGGAAGUAGUUAAGAGACAAAGUUCUAAAGUGUGGUGGUCAUCUUCCCCAGUUCUUUCUAAAGUUUCACAGUGUGACCCUUAUCCCCGCUACUUCUUUCUAAUGCUCCACAGUGUGGCCUUUACCCCCGCCCACUUCUUUCUAAUGCUCCACAGUGUGGUCCUUAUCCCUCCCCAGUACUUUCUAAUGCACGCAACCCCAAAGGAAGCUUCACUCUGAACAGUUCUUACAAACCAGAUGUCUAAUUAUCCAUAUGCUCAGAUGUGAAUCAAAUGCAGUCCUAAGUGCACAUACAUUCAAACACCACUAAAUGAAUCCCGCAAGUUGUAUUUAUACAUGUAUGUGUGUAACAAUUAAAGAAGAAGUCCUGAAUCUGAGAGUGAGUGAGGAGGGCCCAAGAGGAGUCAGGUGAGGAUUAGGGGAAUCUGAACAGAAUGCUAAAUAAUUGAACAGAAUAGGAAUAACUGAAAGUAGCAUCCAGUAAGUUCUGAAACAUGCAUGUACCCUUGAUGGCAUCUGCAUAGUUAAGACACAGAACAGGACCGUCACACCUGCAAUUUUUUUCUGUAAACUUUGUAAUAUCUCUUUUUUAUUUAAAUUUUUUAAUUAAAAUAUAAUUUCAUCAUUUUCCUCUUCCUUCUCCUCCCUAAUACUGCUCCUAUGUGAAAAAAAAUUGAAAUGAAAUUUAUGCCCUGGCAAUGCUGAAGUCCGUACAUGACAGUUCUGUUGAACUUGUCCGUAUUGGGUUUCAUAGUCUAAAUUGAUGAUGACAACUGACCAGGUCUCUUCCUCAAAAGGGCACCAGAUCUCAUUACAGAUGACCGUGAGCCACUGUGUGGUUGCUGGGAAUUAAACUUAGGAUGACCUUCAGAAGAAGAGGCAGUGCUCUUAGCUUUUGAGCCAUCUCUGUCACCCAACUUUAGAGCCCUCUUCCCGUGUCUUUAACCAUAGUUAAAUAUGCAUAUUUAUAGGUCAACAUACAAAUGCAAUGCUCUGAGUCCAUUCAGUGCCCCUGCAUUUGUGUUUCUAGGAAUGUUAGAGAACCAAUCAGGGACUCAUCCUGGAUGACUCAUUCUCUCUUUCUCAGAAGCUGUUGUUUGUAACUCUUAAUCUAGGGAAUGGCCCCAUGAUAUUUUCUCUAUCCACAUUGAGAUGUCAAUUCUUGCUGCAACUUUCAUGUCUUGUUUAGGUAGCCAUAUUGUUGGGACUUCAUUGCUUAGCUUCCCUGGCAUAGCUAGAAGACAGAGUCGCACAGCAGCCUCCCUGGUCCUCUGGCUCUUACAGCCUUGCUGCCCCAUUUCUGUGAAGUGCCUUUGUAACUGUGCUAUCCAUCAGCUCCAUGGUCCAUGUCAGCCACUGCACCCACGCUCAGGCAAUCACUGAUUUGUUUCAUGAUUCAUUAUGGAAUAAUGUAUCUUUUGUAUUAUUACUGUCAGUCACUGAAAACGUUUUUAGAGUCUCCUUCAUUGCAUUAUACUUUAUGUAUUACAUUAUAUUAUAUAUUGCAUUAUACUAUAUAUCAAUAGUUUCUUUUGUUUCUACUUAAUAUGUCAUUAUAUAGACAUAAUUUGUUUAUCCAUUCAUAAUCUUAUAGAUAUUUACAAUGUUGUCAAGGUUUGGUUACUGUAAA